GGGGACAUUAAAGAAAAGCACUGUAAAAGCUUUAGACAUGGGGUUUGUCAAGCUUACAUUGAUUAAUAAUUGAGCCUGAUUGCAUUAGGGCUCGAACAGUUCGCACCGAUAGUCGCCGCUCAAAAAGGAAGCUUCACCUUAAAAGGCGAACUAAGGUGGAGGGACGUUUGCGUUUACAUUCACGAUUACAUGAUGCCGUACAGAGAUGUUAGCACGAUAAAAAACCAUAUCGACAAGCUCAAAUCCUACAAAUGUGCCGAUAAUCCGAUCAGGUACUAUUUCGAAAGGAAAAAAGCACCGACUACCGUGCAUUAUGUUAUCGAUUUGAAUCAUAUGGAAAUCGUGCCGCCUUGUAGAAGAGUACCUGCAGAAUUACCUUAUCAGUGGAAAAACUACAUUCACCCUAAUUAUACAAGUACAAUUGCAACUUCAGCCGCAUCUACACAUCAACAAACAAUUCUCAACUGUCACAUAACAACAAUAACACCUCCUAGAGGUAUUUUACCUAAUGCUACUAGUUUUUUCAUAACCGCAAGCACUCCUAUACAAUCAAAUCAGAGAGUCCGUAAGAGAAGACAGUUAUAUAAAAAACCUAAAAAAAUCUUGAACAACAAGAGCCUUGAGCAGAAGGUAGAUCCUCUAACCAAGUUUGUCAAGUGCUUGAGUCAGCCAUCAUCAGUUAGAAAAUUGUUGGGCUUAUUCAUGGCUGAUGAUAAAGAAAAAAGCCUGGAAGUCAGCAGUGAGACAAAAAAGCUUCAAGAACCCCUCCAAACUCCUGAACAAACACCUAAACCGGACAACCAUGUUGGUUGUGCCCCCCAACAGGAAUCUGUGAUAGAUAAUGGUCUGUUGCCCAGCAUGCCAUUUUUAGCUACACCUGACAAAACUAUCACAGAUGAAAAGAACCAAAGUGAAGCAGCUGAGUGUUCUAUAAAUAUCAGUCAAAAUGAAGAGACUGUCGUUACCAGCAAAGAAGAAUUGGAGAAGGAUAAUUUAGAAGAUAUACAAACAUUGAUGGCUGCCAGUUCAAAUAUCAAAGCUGCUAGAAAAGAACCGUCAGGUGCCGAGAAAAAGAGAGCAAAAAUCAGAAGAGAAUUUGUCGCUAAUUUGGCUAUAGCAGCACCUGAAGAUCCCGAGGUUGAAAAACAAAAGGACGAAAUGUUUGCGUUAGCAUAUUAUGACAAAAUGCGGGAAGCGUUGGAACUGGAUGACUAUCACAAAAUAAUGCAGAUCCUGAACGAACAUGAAGCUGACGCAGUCGAUCUGUAUUACAAGGUUAUCAAGAUUCUCAGACCAAAGUAUGAUGAAUUAGCUGAAGAAUUUUUAUUGUUUUUGCGAGAAAAAGAAGCAGCCGCUGUAAACGAACUGGUGCCAUGGAUCAGAAUGCAAAAUCGAUCGAAAUUUCUGAGGAAGCUCGAGACAUAUUUCAAAGAUCAACCAGCAAAACUGAAGAAAAUCUAUUCGCUGUUAGUGGAGCUUUCAAGCACUGCUGAUGUCUCAAUGGAAGUGGUGAAGGAAAAGCUAAUGCCUUUUUUCAAAGGAAACGCUAUCCUGAGCGAUUUGUUUUUGCAAAAUUUCCUCAGCGAGAAACCUCCUGCAAGCCUCUUGGAAGGGCCAUACGAAACAAUAGAUAUCAAUAGAGAAAUCGAAAAAACGGAUAGUGGAGAACUAUAUGAAGUCAUCAAUUUACCUGAGGUCGAAGAUAAGUAUGGCUGUUCGUCUUGCAUUUGCAACUGCCAUGAAAUUGAAGAUCCUGAGUUCAAAACCAGAUACAGGCACUGCAUAAAAUGCGGCACUAAGUUUAUAAAUGGAAGAGUGUUUAUACAAUCUGGGAGAGGCCUGAGACCUGCCACAGUCUCGUUUCCUAUGAAUCCCGACAAAGACCAUAACAUCAGACUGUUGGGCGAACCCUCGAGUACCGUUCAUAAAAAGCGCUAUGACUUGAGUCCUUCAAAACAGACCAUGGGGUCGCCGACCAAGGAAAAUGCUGAAGAGGAAACAGAUGACGAAAAGGAAGGCAAGAAAUCUAAAAAAGUACAAAGGAAGAGAAGGCAACCUGUUAAAAGCUCUAACAGUAGGAAAUAUCUACAGAAAUUGAACAGUGACUUGAAGAAGCAGUUCGAGGCGAGGUCUGAUAGUGUUAGUUCAACAAGGAAAGAGUAUCGACAGAGUCGGAAAAGGCCAUUAAAGUCCAAGAAACUGACGGCGAAGAAGAAUAUAGAAAAAGACGAAGAUGAAAGCGAAGAUAAACUGGCUUCGAAACCUGGCGCCGCUCCUGGCCAAGAAAAGAGAUUUGCUGAAAUCUCUGACAAUGAGGAUGCACAGACUCCGGAAGAGUUGCCUUGUGAUCUAAAGCCCGCUAGUCCUGAGCUGAAUACGGCUGAAUCAGAAAGUGAAUUUUGUGAAGAAUCUUCUCAAGACAACUGCGAAUCUGACAGCAAUUCAAGCACUAGUUCCCUGUCACAAAGUGACAGUAAUGCAGAAGAAAUUUGUUGGAAGAGAGAAGAGGACAAGAUCAUCUUGGAGACCUUCCAGAAAGAAAACGAUAAGGAGGUUGCAUUUAAAUCAAUAUCUCAUCAAAUAAGAAAUAGGAGUAAGUCUCAGAUUAGGAAGAGAUUUGAUACGCUUAUGAAAAUAUUGAUUGAAACUAUAGGACAGAGAUAAUUGUUUUUAUAAGAAUUUAUAUGUUAGGUUCUACAAAAUGCUAUAUUUGAGCUGAGAUCACACCAGAGGUGGUAGGCUUAGCAGCAAGAGACAAGCUGGAUGCUAAUAUACCAUUGAACGUAUUUCUCUUAUCUCGCCCACACAAAAACGGUCCAGUUGAUCUAUGAUCAGAAUCAAUAACUUAUCAAAAAGAAAGUGCAUAUCACGCAGUUGGGAGCUCCGAGCAUUGCAUUUACCUCAGAAAAGCAACGUCUGUUUUGUGUUGCGUUAUAAGCAUUAUAUAAAGGGAAUCACGGUUAAAGUCCAAAGGCUGCAGUCUCUUUAAUUAGAACUAUUGACAAUGACUGAAUUCUGAGUUGCUGAGUUUGAUCCACCAAGAGGAAAGAAGAUUUUGAACUGAAAAUUUUCUAUAUCGCAUAUUUUCAAGGACAACAUCAAAUAUUUUUUUAUUUUUAUAAUACCUUCUUUCACUAGACUCUAGAUAUCCCAACAUGCCACCUCGGCGUCUAAUGUGUUAUCCUGCCACUAAACGUACCACCUCAGAACCAUGAUCAGCAAUGACUGCUGUCAGAUUGCGAAUUUUUACGUAACCUGAAGUUUUCUGCACUGUUAUAUUUUAUAAUUAUUUAGUGACCAAAGCUUCAUUUUGUAAUUUAAUAUUGUAAGACCAUUUUCUGUGAUUUAUGAAUCACCUAAUUUCUGUUUAUAUAUCAUCUAUUGUAUAUAAAUUUGAACUCGCGUUGAAGG